AUGAGUGCUCAAAAUUUGGAAGGAACUAUAAAUGAAAUAACGAUAUUAAGAAAGCUUGAUCAUCCAAACAUAAUCAAACUCUAUAGAGUUUAUGAGAAUGAUUCGCAAGUGAGCUUGGUUUUAGACUAUUUAGAAGGUGGAGAUUUAUUUUCCAGAAUCAUGGAGAAAAGCAAGCUUAACGAAAGCAGCGUUGCUAAACUUACUCAAAAUCUUUUAAAUACUCUUGAAUAUUUGAAUACAUAUAACAUUGCACACAGAGACAUAAAACUAGAAAAUAUUAUGAUGGUCUCAAAAAAUGAUGAUUCUAAUUUCAAAUUAGUCGAUUUUGGGCUUGCUCAUGAAGUAAAUGAAAGCAUGACGCAAAGGUGCGGGUCACCAGGAUAUGUAGCACCAGAAAUUUUAAGAGGGUUUAAAUAUGGUUUAUAAAGCUAUCAAAUCGUAGUAAGGAAAAAUGUUCUUUCGAGUUAAAAAUUUGAUAGAUCGAUUCAAAUCGAUUAGCCAUUCUAUAUUUAGGGGCUACUAUUUCAACCGAUCUGCGAAUUGAGGAGUGGUAUCUCAAAUAAAAUUGGCUUAGCUACCUAUCCAUUUGUGUAGCAGAAUAGUUGUGCACUGCGAAUUAAAUAGACAUAUAGACAAUAUGGAGCAAAGGUUGACACUUUUAGUGUAGGCUGUGUGGUCUAUAUUUUAUUAUCCGGAAAAAUGCCGUUUUUCGGGAGAGACACAAAAGAAGUAGUUAGAAAAAACAGAGAAGGAAUUAUAUGUUUCCGUGACAGAGUAUGGGAACAUGUAUCAGCGGAAGCCAUAAAUUUUAUAGUUAAACUUAUGGAGCCUAAACCUGAGGAGAGAGUAGAUGUGCAUAGUGCACUUUUACAUCCAUGGUUCCGGUAUCAAUUGAGAAGAAAUUCAAAUGAGGAUUAUAUGGACUGGGAUGAAGAUUUUGAUAUAUCUACAUCUAGAGGUUCAAGCCUUAAAUAA